AAGCUAGAUUGUAUGUUGAGCAGGCAGGACUCGAACCAGAACCCAUAUGGAAUGCUGGCACUGAAGGCAGCAGCUUUACCCAUUAUGCCACAGCGUUGGCCUCCCGAGUUUUCUUUGAACUCCUGCCAUUCACCUUCUCUCCCAGGUAUGAUUCUGGGUCCUCCACAUGUUUCUAAGAGGAAAGAAAAUUAAUAUAUCACCUGUAAGUGUUUUUUUUUUUUUUAAUUAUUCCCCAGCUUGUCAGUACUCAUUUUAGGUGUUUAAUGCUAGUUUAUUUUUUUAGAUUUUUUUUUUAUUUAUUUGAAAGUCAGAGUUACAGAGAGGCAGAGGGGGAGAGAGAGAGAGAGUCUUCCAUCUGCUGGUGCACUCCCCAGUUUGCCACAAUGGCCGGAGUUACACUGGUCCAAAGCUAGAAGUGAAGAGCUUCUGGGUCUCCCACAUGGGUUCAGGGGCCCAAGGACUUAGGCCAUCUCCUACUGAAUCCCCAGGCCAUAGCAGAGAGCUGGAUUGGAAGUGAAGCCACUGGGACUUGAACUGGCACCAAUAUGGGAUGCCAGCACGAAGGCAGUGGCUUUACCUGCUAGCCACAGUGCCAGUCCCAGUAUACUAGUUAAAUUGGAAAAUAUGGGGCCGGCUCUGUGGCUCAGUGGGUUAAUGCCCUGGUCUAAAGCAUCGACUUCCCAUAUAGGCACCAGUUUGAGACCCGGCUGCUCCACUUCUGCUCCAGCUCUCUACUAUGGUCUGGGAAAGCAGUGGAAGAUGGCCCAGGUCCUUGCGCCCCUGAACCCAUGUGGGAGACCCAGAAGAAGCUCCUGGUUCCUGGCUUCAGAUUGGUGCAGUUCCAGCCAUUGCAGCCAAUUGGGGACUGAACCAGCAGAUGGAUUCCUCUCUCUCUCUCUCUGCCUCUCCUCUCUCUGUGUAACUCUGACUUUCAAAUAAAUAAAUAAAUCUUUAAAAAAUUUUAAAAUAGAAAAAUAAACAUAAAAUUUAUUAUCACAGAAUAUACAGAAAUGAAUUAUGAAUUUGGCAUGAUUAUGAAACAUUACUGUCAUCUAUAAUAAUGCAGUUUGGUCUCUUGUCUUUCUGUUGCUAUUGCAAAAUAUAUAUUUGUUACAUGAAUUGAGUUGAAACUAAGCACAAUAUGCUACCUUUUUGGGGUCAUGUCUGAAACAUUCUACACAUAGAUGAUGUACUGAACAGUGUUUUAGUGCUACCUAUGAAGUAAACACUUAGCAUUCUGCAAGAGGAAGAGUUACCUAGUGCUGGAACACAAAUCAGUUAAGUUUGUUUUCAAAUUGUUAGAGUAAUGGAGUUCUUAAUACCUUUGAGAAGCUGAAUUGGAUUCUGGAAUAGGAUAAGGAAUGUGUGGAGAAAAGAAUCUACUGGAGGCUCAUUUAUUUUUUUAAGAUUAUUUAUUUGAAAGGUGGACUUGCAGAGAUUGGGAGAGACAGGGAGACAAAAGGAUAUAUCUUCUUUCUAGUGUUCAUUCCCCAAAUGCCCACAAUGGCUGCGACUGGGCCAGGCCAAAGCCAGGAGCCUGGGACUCCAUGGGUCUCCCACAUUGGUGGAAGGGUCCAAAUACUCAGGCCAUUUUCACUGCUCUUUCAAUCAGGUUAGCAGGGAACUAGAUUGGAAGUGGAACAGCAAGGACUCAAGUCCUCUGUUUACAUGGGAUGCCAGCAUUGUUGGUGGAGGCUUAGCCUGCUGGAUCACAAUUCUGGUGACUAUUGCAGGUUCUGAAACAAAUCUCUAAGCAUUUUUCUCAGUGAGUCACAAAUGCAGAUUGUACUGCAGACAUUCCCAGGUUCUCUUUUUGGGCAAAUAAUUCCAUUGCUUUCAUUUAAUUAUGUAUAAUGUCAUUUCAAAUGUUUAUCAUUUGAAUGUUUUGGGCAAGUAUUUCCAUUGCUUUCACUUUAAUUAGGUAUAAUGUUAUUUCAUUGUUUAUCACUAGAAUAAUCAUAGACAAGGGCAAAAGCUAAUUUGUAUUCUUUGUCUUACCUGUAUUUUCUCUCUUACUUAAAAAUAUUUAUUAGCUUGAUAGAGAAAAAAGUUGAUGGACUGAGAGAUAGAGAGCUUUGACACGUUAAUUCACUUCCUAGAUAACCAUACCAAACAGGUGGGGUAGGACUGAAGCCAGGAUUGAGGAAUGGAGUCUAGGCCUCCUUCAUUGGUGACAUCACCAUUGCUUCCCCAGGUUUGCAUUAUCUGGGAGCUAGAAACUAGAGCUGGCAUUGGAAAUCACAGACACUCUGAGGUGGCAUCAUAAACAACACUAAGCUAAAUGUCUGCCCUGUCUUUUAAUAUAUUUUUCCUCUGACAUAUUGGAAAUGAUAUGCAUGGUGUUUUCCUGGAAAUUGUUUUCUGUUCAUUCCCAUCGUAGUUUCACUGAUAGUUUCUUGCCUUUUUUUCUCAAUGCUUCUACAUACUUCUCCUUAACAUUGCCCAGUCAAGAGUCAGUAUUGCCCCUCUUCUAGCCUGCUGUGCAAUUCCCCUUGACAGAUGUGGCCUUUGUGAUUUGAACCUCCUGUUUCCCUCCAGCUUGGGCAUGUCUCACAGCCUGUAGAUCAUGGGUUUGACUCUGUUGAAUGCUCCGUGUGGCUUUCUAAACACUCCACAAGUCUAAUGUGAAACCAUAUCCUUCCUUUUUUCCUUCAUAUCCAUACACAACUGUCAGUGUUUAUUUUGUGACAGAGUUAACAUGUUGACUGGAAGUGUAUUAUUAUAGGUGAUGACAGCAUUUGAAGACCUGGCUGUGUACUUUACAUGGGAGGAAUGGCAGAAAAUGAACAAUGCUCAGAAAAUCCUGUACAAAGAUGUGAUGCUGGAGACCUACAGCAGCCUGUUCUCCUUGGGGCACUGCAUUACCAAACCUGACUUGAUCUUCAAGUUGGAGCGAGGAGAAGAGCCAUGGAUGGUGGAUGAAUGCUUGAAUCAGAGCCUUUCUGUGGUCAUGAAAAGGGAUGACCUGAUUAGGAUCAACCAGGAAAGUCAGGACAAAAAUCUGAAUCAGGAUUUUAUGAAAAAUAACAAGACAUCAGCUCUCAAGGGAAUUGAAUUAAGAAAAACACUUAGUUUAAAUUCAAGCCAUGUUCCAACACUGAUUAUUAAAAAGGGAAUCUAUUCAGGAUUGAAGCCUGAGGAAUGCAAUAAAUGUCACACUGUGUAUCCCCCCAGUGGGCCUGAUCAACUACAGGCUGGAGAGAAAUUUGAUAACACUAAGAUACCUGGAAAAUCUCUCCAGUUCUGUGAGCCUCUUAGCCAGCUUGACAAUAUUCACAUCAUGAAGCAGCCAUUUGGACCCACUGGACAAGCAAAAGUCUUCACAAGAAAGAUGUUCUGCAAAUCUGAGAGGGUUCAUAUGGCAGAAAACUGUAAUAAGUCAACUGUCACUUUUGGAAAAGCAACACAAAUAGAAAAAGCUAUCCAUGAAAAUUCUAGCCUCAAUAUGCAUCAACAAACUCACACAAGAAAGAAAUUUUAUAAGUACAUUAUGUAUUUUGAACCUGUCAUUCACCAGUCACAUCUUGCAAUAAACCAGAGACUAAAUACAAGGGAAAAACUUUACACAUGUAAACCUUGUGGAAAAUCACUCAGUUUUAAUUCACCUUCUGAAUGUAAUGACUGUGGAAAAGCCUUUAGACAAAAGUCAGUCCUCAGGAAACAUCAGCAAAUUCACACAGGGGAGAAACCUCAUGAAUGUAGUGACUGUGGAAAAACCUUUAGACAAAAGUCAGUCCUCAGGAAACAUCAGCAAACUCACACAGGGGAGAAACCUCAUGAAUGUAGUGACUGUGGAAAAGCCUUUACACAAAAGUCAAACCUCAUCAAGCAUCAGCGAAUUCACACAGGAGAGAAACUUUAUAAAUGCCUUGAAUGUGGAAAAGGCUUUCUGUGGAAGUCAGACCUCAUAGUACACCAGAGAAUUCACACAGGGGAGAAACCUCAUAAAUGUAAUGACUGUGGAAAAGCCUUUGCACGAAAGUCAUCCCUCCUCAUACAUCAGCGAAUUCACACACGGGAGAAACCUCAUGAAUGUAAUGUCUGUGGAAAAGCUUUUGGACGAAAGUCAAUCCUCAUCAUACACCAGCAAAUUCACACAGGGGAGAAACCUCAUAAAUGUAAUGACUGUGGAAAAGCCUUUGGACAAAAGUCAGACCUCAUGAAACACCAGCGAAUUCACACAGGGGAGAAACCUCAUAAAUGUAAUGACUGUGGAAAAGCUUUUGGACAAAAGUCUAUCCUCAUCAUACACCAGCGAAUUCACACAGGGGAGAAACCUCAUAAAUGUAAUGACUGUGGAAAAGCCUUUGGACAAAAGACACACCUCCUCAUACAUCGGCGAAAUCACACAGGAGAGAAACUUCAUAAAUGUAAUGACUGUGGAAAAGCCUUUGGAGAAAAGUCAAACCUCAUCAUACACCAGCAAAUUCACACAGGGGAGAAACCUCAUAAAUGUAAUGACUGUGGAAAAGCUUUUGGACGAAAGUCACACCUCAUCAUACACCAGCAAAUUCACACAGGGGAGAAACCUUAUAAAUGUAAUGACUGUGGAAAAGCCUUUGGACACAAGUCAGGCCUCAGGAAACAUCAGCGAAUUCACACAGGAGAGAAACCUCAUAAAUGUAAUGACUGUGGAAAAGCCUUUGGGCAAAAGUCAGAGCUCCUCAUACACCAGCGAAUUCAUACAGGGGAGAAACCUCAUGAAUGUAGUGACUGUGGAAAAGCCUUUACACAAAAGUCAAACCUCAUCAAGCAUCAGCGAAUUCACACAGGGGAGAAACCUCAUAAAUGUAAUGACUGUGGAAAAACCUUUGGACAAAAGUCAAAGCUCCUCAUACACCAGCGAACUCACACAGGGGAGAAACCUCAUGAAUGUAAUGACUGUGGAAAAGCUUUUGGACGAAAGUCAUACCUCAUCAUACACCAGCAAAUUCACACAGGGGAGAAACCUUAUAAAUGUAAUGACUGUGGAAAAGCCUUUGGACACAAGUCAGGCCUCAGGAAACAUCAGCGAAUUCACACAGGAGAGAAACCUCAUAAACCUCAUAAAUGUAAUGACUGUGGAAAAGCCUUUGGACAAAAGUCAAACCUCAUCAUGCAUCAGCGAAUUCACACAGGAGAGAAACCUCAUAAAUGUAAUGACUGUGGAAAAGCCUUUGGACAAAAGACACACCUCAUCGUGCACCAGCGAAUUCAUACAGGGGAGAAACCUUAUAAAUGUAAUGACUGUGGAAAAGCCUUUGGACAAAAGUCAAACCUCAUCAUGCAUCAGCAAAUUCACACAGGGGAGAAACCUUAUAAAUGUAAUGACUGUGGAAAAGCCUUUGGACAAAAGUCAGACCUCCUCAUACACCAGCAAAUUCACACAGGGGAGAAACCUCAUAAAUGUAAUGACUGUAGAACAGCCUUUGGACACAAGUCAUGCCUCAUAUUACAUUAGAGAAUUCACACAGGGCAGAAACUUCAUGAAUGUAAUGACUGUGGAAAAGCCUUUGGACAAAAGAUUAACCUCAUAUCACAGCAGAGAUUUCACACAGGGUAGAAAACUCGAUUGUAAUAACUGUGGAAAGCAUUUAGCCAUAAGUCAACCUUCAUCAUGCAUCAGAGAAUUCACACAGGGCAGAAACCUUAUGAAUGUAAUGACUGGAAAAGCCUUUGGACAAAAGUCAAACCUGAAUGCACCAGAGAAUGCACACAGUAUUGAAAUUUCAUGAGUGUAAUGACUGUGGAAAAACUUAAUCUCCAACUCCAAAUGCUUCAGAGGAUUCACACAGGGAAAUAACCUUAUAAAUGUAAUGACUGCAGAAAAGCCUUUUUCUAUAAGUUAUACUCAUAUCAAAACAGUUCACACAGGGCAGAAACCUUAUGAAUCUAGUAAGUGUGGAAAAGCCUUUAUAAAUUAUAUGUUAUUAAUCAUAGCUCAUAUCACACCAGAGAAUUCACACCGGGGAGAAACUUCAUGAAUGCAAUGACUGUGGAAGAGCCCUUGGCAAUAAGUCACAUCUCAGAAUGCAUCAGAAAAUGCACAGGAAGAGAAACCUUUUGGACAUAAUGACUUGGAAAGCUUUUCCCCAUAAUUCAGCCCUCAUUGCACAUCAUCUAAUUCAUAUGGGGGAAAACACUUUGGGUAUAAUGCAUAUGGAAAAGCCUUUAUCCA